CCGAAAGGCCUACACGGCGAAACUUGCUCCCGCUUCCGCUCGGCACACAUACAUACCAGCUACAUACCAGUCCCGACAGGUCGAAUAUCGGUGUCAUCGUCAUGAUGGCUGCUGCUUCGUCUACGAUCAAAGCUCCCAUUCCCGUUCGGCAGUGCGCACGAAUGAUCGACUCUAUCCAUACCGAAGUAAUGACUCAAGGCUAUUCCGACAGGACCUUGGUACUCGUAACCCAAACUGGGAAAAUUGGCAGUCUGACACAGGUGACGAUCCCUCUGGCCAGCUUCGAGCAAGGCUUUGAGCUGUCGUCCGGCUCAGAGAAUGGCCUUUUACCUGCCCUGCCGGUCCCGUUCACAUCCCUCCAGCUUAUUCCCCUCCUAAGUUCGACGCCCCCCGAACUUAAAGCUCUCUACGACGUUUAUCUCAAUCAAAUAGCCAUGCUCGUCUUCACUGGCUUCACCCCCGACGCUUCCUCCCAUCAGCGCUCAUGCAGUCCUGACCGAAUUACAAAACCUGUGAUCAUCGGCCUGGCCUUGGCUCGUCUACCUAGUGAUACCGACCAGGAUGUGACUGACUUGGAAAGAGCUCGAUUUUCCGCUAUUAUGAACAUGGUCAUGGAAUGCAAACUUUGGUGA